AUGCGUGGCGAGAACCUGCUCGCCGGCGCCAACUUCGCGUCCACCGACUUCGACAUCCUCAAUGACACAGGCGUGCAAUUCGUGAACAUCAUCAGGAUCGCGCAGCAUCUGCAGAACUUCGAGGACUACCAGCAGAGGCUCGCGACGUACGUCGGCGAGGACGCGGCAAGGGAGCGCAUGAGCCAGUCGCUGGUGCUCAUCACACUUGGUGGCAACGACUUCUUCAACAACUACUGCCUGGUUCCCUUCUCCGCUAGGUCCCAGCAGUUCGAGAUCCACGGCUACAUCUCCUUCAAUAUCUCCGAGUACAAGAAAGUCCUCGCGGUAAUAAUAAUUAACCUCUUCUCUUACUUACCACUAAUCAAUUCCCAAACAUGCAUAAUUUUUGCUCCAAAACAUAAUUGCAUUUGUAAAACAUGA